ACAGCCGCCAGCCGGUGCGUCUGCCACCACGGGGGCGCAGCCAGAGGGCAGCUGUGGCCGCGACUGGUUAAAUAGCAUCCGGACCUGGCGCGGGGCCGUGAGUGGACUGCAGUGACAGCCGCCUGCGGAGCGGCCUGGGCAGCGGAGGAGAACUUGGUGUAAAGAAGCACCAGCACAGGACCAUGCAAGCCCACGACCUGCUCCAGUAUUUUCGGUUGCCGGAACUGGUUGACAUCCGUCAAUAUGUGCGCACCCUUCCCACCAACACACUGAUGGGCUUCGGAGCUUUUGCUGCACUCACCACUUUCUGGUACGCCACGAGGCCCAAGGCCCUAAAGCCGCCAUGCGACCUCUCCAUGCAGUCAGUGGAAGUGGCGGGCAGUGAUGGUGCUCGCAGGUCUGCACUCCUCGACAGCGAUGAGCUCUUGGUGUACUACUACGACGACGUUAGAACCCUAUAUGAAGGUUUCCAGAGGGGUCUGCACGUGUCAAACAAUGGCCCUUGUUUAGGCUCUAGGAAACCAGACCAACCCUAUGAAUGGCUCUCCUACAAGCAGGUUGCAGAAUUGGCAGAGUACAUAGGCUCAGCACUGAUCCAGAAGGGUUUCAAGGCCUCCUCAGAUCAGUUCAUCGGCAUCUUCUCUCAAAACAGACCUGAGUGGGUGAUCACUGAGCUGGCCUGCUUCACGUAUUCCAUGGUGGUGGUUCCCCUCUAUGAUACCCUUGGAACUGAAGCCAUCACAUACAUAGUCAACAAAGCUGAACUUUCUGUGAUUUUUGCUGACAAACCAGAUAAGGCCAGACUCUUACUAGACAGUGUAGAAAACAAGUUAACAUCAGGCCUUAAAGUCAUAGUUGUCAUGGAUUCGUAUGGCAGUGACCUGGUUGAGCGAGGCAAGAAAUGUGGUGUGGAAAUCAUCAGUAUGAAGGCAAUGGAGGACCUUGGAAGAACCAACCAAAGGAAGCCCAAGCCUCCGACUCCUGAAGAUCUUGCAAUAAUUUGUUUCACAAGUGGAACUACAGGCAACCCCAAAGGAGCAUUGAUCACUCAUGGAAAUCUAGUGAGCGAUUGCUCAGCUUUUGUGAAAGCAACAGAGGGUGUGUUCAACCCUUCUACAGAUGAUGUUUUGAUAUCUUUCUUGCCUCUCGCUCAUAUGUUUGAGGCAGUUGUAGAGUGUGUGAUGCUGUGUCAUGGCGCUAGAAUAGGAUUUUUCCAAGGAGAUAUCAGGCUGCUUAUGGAUGACCUCAAGGUGCUUCAACCCACAAUCUUCCCUGUGGUUCCAAGACUACUGAACCGGAUGUUUGACCGAAUUUUUGCCCAAGCAAACACCACACUGAAGCGAUGGCUGUUAGAUUUUGCCUCCAAAAGGAAGGAAGCAGAGCUUCGUAGUGGCAUCAUUAGGAAUAACAGCCUGUGGGACAAGCUCAUCUUCCACAAAAUACAGUCAAGCAUGGGUGGAAAAGUCCGGUUGAUGGUCACAGGAGCUGCCCCAGUGUCUGCUACGGUGUUGACGUUUCUUAGAGCAGCUCUUGGCUGUCAGUUCUAUGAAGGCUAUGGACAGACCGAGUGCACUGCUGGCUGCUGCCUGAGCAUGCCUGGAGACUGGACAGCAGGCCACGUUGGUGCCCCCAUGCCUUGCUGUCUUAUCAAACUUGUAGAUGUGGAAGAAAUGAAUUACAUGGCUGCCAAGGGUGAGGGUGAGAUAUGUGUGAAAGGGCCAAAUGUAUUUAAGGGCUACUUGAAGGACCCAGGAAAAACAGCAGAAGCCUUGGAUAAAGAUGGCUGGUUACACACAGGGGACAUUGGAAAAUGGCUACCAAAUGGCACCUUGAAGAUUAUCGACAGGAAAAAGCACAUAUUUAAACUGGCACAAGGAGAAUAUAUAGCACCUGAGAAGAUUGAAAAUAUCUACACGCGAAGUGAACCUGUGGCUCAGGUGUUUGUCCAUGGAGAAAGCUUGCAGGCAUUUCUUGUAGCCAUCGUGGUACCGGAUGCUGAGGUAUUAACUUUCUGGGCCCAGAAGAAAGGAUAUGAAGGGUCCUUUGAAGAAUUGUGCAGAAACAAGGACGUCAAGAAAGCUAUCCUGGAAGACUUGGUGAGACUUGGGAAGGAAUCUGGCCUAAAGCCAUUUGAACAGGUCAAAGGCAUUGCUCUACAUACUGAAUUAUUUUCUGUUGACAAUGGUCUUCUGACUCCAACAAUGAAAGCGAAAAGGCCAGAGCUACGGAACUAUUUCAGGUCACAGAUAGAUGAACUGUAUUCUACUAUCAAGAUGUAAUGUGAGUAGGAAGAAAUCUUGGAAGAAAUGGCACCUCCACAAUCCCUUCUUCUACAGAUGGCCUUCACAUUGGUAACUGCCUGCAGCAAGCAUAGGGAAGGAAACGUCCAUGUCUGAUUUGUCCAUUUGGGGUCUUGCCAUAGGAAUAUUAGAGGAAAUGGAACAUUGCCUUACCGUCAACCUCGUGUUGCAGACUAUGUUCAUGGUGAUACACAAUUUCCAAAAUGAGCCUUAAAAAUUAUAAAGGGGAAAACUAUCCAAGUGCUUAAGUUAUUUGAGACUUCCUCAUUUAAUAAGGUGGGUGUGAAAACUUCUGUCUCCCUCCCUGUUUUUCUAACCAAGGAGUUAGGACUUUGCUGUUUCUGAGAUGUCUGCUACUUGCUGCAUACUCAGCAGCACUCUGCUGCUCUGAAGAGUACAGUGCACUGGAGGGAAGUGGUCCCGGUAAAAAAAACAACACCUGUUCCCACUGCAGGACUGUCACCAGUGGACCAGAGAUUUCUUUUACAAUCCCUGCCACUUUCUCUUCUCCGCCUCACACAGUCACACAACCCUUCUGUAAGGGUUCAGAACAGUCCCCGGUUGUUCCUGAAGGGGCUUAAAGCUCCUAAUAAACCAAAGGACAGCUCCACCUCAGAACAAUGUGGUGCCCAGUCUCAGAAGGAAGAAUGCUUAGUCAGAGACAAUAGCUUCUCUGGCUUGAACCACAAGAUGCUCUUAGACUUUUCUCCAGAUUUGGCUCCCACCCUCCCUCACCCUGCCCAGAGUUAUGAAAAAUCCUGCCUUAGACUCUACAGUGAAGACAGCUUUUCAAGAAAGAAUUUCCUGGAUCAACCAUGCUCAACUGUGAUGCCUAAAUGGAGCUGUCUACUUGACCUUCACCAAACCGCUCACUGUUUGUGAUGAAUGGCAAUAGGCUUUUAAUGUGGUUUUCAUAUGAAAUAAUUAUGUGAUUAACUUGCUUCCCCUCUCCCCCCUUGCCAGACUCAUUCUCAGGCAAAGCAUGUCUUCAGAAAUAUUAAGGGAGUAUACUUGGGUACCCAUUGAAAUGGACAGCAUAAGCAAAUGUUCUUAUACUGCUACCUGAUUUCUAUGAAAUGUAUUUGACAAGCCAAAAUUCUGGGAUGUAGAAAUCUGGAUUAAAAAAAAAUAAUUUUCUGGAAUUCAUUUCUCAAGGGACAUUUCUUUUUAGAAGUUAAUUUGGUAAAUUAACUGCAUUUCACUUUAUUGUGAGACCUUGCCACAUUUUUGAGUGACUUGAGCUGUCGUGUAUACUCUGAAAGCCAAUGUUGUUGAGCACACAUGAGCUGUGUGUAUUAGACGGGCACAACAAGGCCUGUGCUAAGCAGUUGUCAUUGUAAUAACACUAUCUGGUAGCCUAAUUUCAGAUACAUACUCUUAAUUGCACAAAAAUCCAAUAAUUUGUCACAUUGGGGUUUUGAAUGUUUGCUUUAAGUGUUGGCUAUUUGUAUGUUUUAUAAACCAAAACAGAAUUUCCAAAAACAAUGAAGGAAACCAAAAUAAAUGUUUCUGCAUUUCAA